GCGGCACCCAUUGCCACAACCACCAUGAUGCCUAUUGACACUGGAGAUAACUCAACAGCUACUGGAGGUCCCGGAGAGGGGAAAAAUGAUGUCUUUGAGAAGCUGAAAGAAAAAUUUAUGAAUGAGCUCCAGAAGAUUCCAUUGCCACCCUGGGCAUUGAUAGCCAUUGCUAUUGUCAGCGGCCUGCUGCUUCUGACCUGUUGCCUCUGCAUCUGCAAGAAAUGCUGCUGCAAAAAGAAGAAAAACAAGAAAGAGAAGGGAAAGGGGAAGAAGAACGACAUCAACAUGAAAGACGUGAAAAACUCAGGACAGGUAGUUCCAGAUCGGGCUUUGGAUGAUGAUGAUGCAGAAACUGGUUUAACUGAAGGUGAAGAUAAGGAAGAGGAACCAAAGGAGGAAGAGAAACUAGGAAAACUGCAAUUUUCAUUGGAUUAUGACUUCCAGAGUAAUCAGCUAACAGUGGGAAUUAUUCAGGCAGCUGAACUCCCUGCGCUGGACAUAGGUGGGACAUCUGACCCUUACGUUAAAGUCUUCCUGCUCCCAGAUAAGAAGAAGAAAUACGAGACAAAAGUUCAGAAGAAGACUCUAAAUCCUACUUUCAAUGAAUCCUUCGUAUUCAAGGUUCCUUAUCAAGAGUUGGGAGGAAAGACAUUGGUAAUGGCAGUUUAUGACUUUGAUCGAUUUUCCAAGCACGACUGCAUUGGUCAAGUGUCAGUCCUAAUGACCAAAGUUGACCUGGGGCAACAACUUGAAGAGUGGCGUGAUCUAGAGAGCGCUGAGAAAGAAGAGCCUGAGAAACUGGGAGACAUUUGUACCUCGUUGCGUUACGUACCAACAGCGGGGAAACUCACAGUCUGCAUUCUGGAGGCAAAGAAUCUAAAGAAAAUGGAUGUGGGUGGACUCUCAGAUCCUUACGUAAAGAUACAUCUCCUACAGAACGGAAAACGACUCAAGAAGAAGAAGACCACAGUCAAGAAAAACACACUGAAUCCGUACUACAAUGAGUCGUUCAGCUUUGAAAUUCCAUUCGAACAGAUACAGAAAGUACAGGUUUGCAUCACAGUCUUGGACUACGACAAGAUCGGAAAGAACGAUGCCAUCGGCAAGAUAUUUGUCGGCAGCAAUGCCACGGGCACAGAGCUUCGACACUGGUCAGAUAUGCUGGCGAAUCCCAGGCGGCCUAUUGCACAAUGGCACUCACUAAAACCGGAGGAGGAGGUCGACGUAGCCCUUGGCCUCAAAAAGUGAAACCAU